UUUAUUCAUUUUUUAAUACUAGCUAUCGAUAUAAACAAAGUCACGAAAAGGGAUGAGUGCAGUGAAUAUGCGAAGAGAGAUAUAGAGCUUAGAAAUCGCUUUGGGGUCAUUUUGACCCCAUCCGUCGUUUAAGGGUUAAGGGGGAAAGGCAUAUAGGGGUAUAAAAAAUACAGAACAGCAUGUAGGUUUAAGGAAAAAUGAAAAGAAUUGAGACAACAAAAUUGUCAAUUUGUCAGCACAAUAAAAAUCCGAGGAGAUAUUUCCUUCAGGAAUUAUUCCAACAACAACAACAACCAUGUACAUUUGGAAAUUUUUUUGAUUCGUUAAAACAAACAACAUUAAUGGCUUGUUGUUUUUGUUGUUGCCCAAUAUUUCGUUGUGUUUUGUGGUUUUGCGUUUUUGAAUUAAUUUGCACAAUUUAUUGUUGGUAUUGUGAAUUAAAUAAUUUAUUUAGAAUGCACACAAAUAUAGAAUUAAAUAAUAUUAUUAUUCUUUUAAUUAUUUCUGGUUGGUUAAUUACUUUAAUUGUUUCGACUGUCUCUAUUUGUUUAGCAAAAUAUAAAGACGAUGCACAAUGGAUUUUGCCUAGAUUGGUUCAACAAACAGGUCUUUUAAUUUUUGGAUUUUUAAUUGCCCUUCUUUUGGUUAUUUACUUUUCUGGAGCAUCUCAAACAAUAAAUAAUAUUUUAAUUUCAAUUUAUGAAAAUCUUUAUUCUGAAAAUAUUUCAAUUGAAGAAAGACAAGGAAUUCAUGAGGAUUUAAGAUUUUAUUUUCUUAUUUUAAUCCCUUUGACUUUCUUUUUUAUUUGUUAUAUUGCUACAGCAUUGUGUGCAACAAAAAAAUAUUAUAGAGAAAUGCUGUUUAGAAAUCGUCCCUUUCAGGCAAUUUUUAAAUUAAAAUAUAAAAAUUUAAUCAAAACAUCCCCAUAA